AGAGGAGGAGGAGGAGGACGGUUCCGUUCAUCCGUCCAUUCAUCACUACAUCAGCUCUGCGCCGCCUGGACCUCCUGCGUGCCCCUGCCAGCCUGCGCGAGACUGUGCAGGCUACACCACGCGCUCGGGUCGGUGUGUGGCUGCGGCGUGUACAACGGUAGCACGCGCAUGCCGGUGUGAGGACGUUCAGCGGGGAGAGAGACAAAAAGAGCCCGUCUGUCAGUGCCUGUCCCCCGGUGUGGAUGUGGAGACCCGGCGGGGGGAGAGAGAGACAGAGAGAGAGGACCGCGGCCGUAAAACUCCUCAUCCUCAGCCUGUGACCGAGCGCGUUUCACCGAGAGUCCUCUCCAGGUGCUCAUCUUAAGAUCUGGCCCUCAUCUCGGGCCUGAGUGGACGGGUGCUCCCCCCUCAGUAAAGAGCACCAUGACCCAGGAGGGGCAGGCUCUGCCCUCUCCCACCCCAUCAGAGAACCCAGCAGAGGCCAGUACAACCACCACCACCGACUCACCCACAGAGACCCCCAACCUGACAGAGCAGGACAAGCCAGGGGCUGAGGAGGGGAAACAACAAGAGGAGAUCAGAGAAGGGGAUGAGGAGGCACAGGGGGAGACACAUGGGGAAGGAGAGGGGAGAGCAGAAGCAGAGGAGGGGGAGUUGAAAGAGGGGAGGUUAGAUAGCAGUGGAGGUGAAGAUCAGCAGACAGACGGAGGGGUGGAGGGGGAGAGGGAAGGCACUAGAGUGGAUGGAAGUAUAAAUUCAGAGGUAAUCUCAACAGGGGAAGAGGCAGCAGCACAUGAGGUUGAGGAGAUGAAAGAGGAAGAGGAGGGGAAAGAAAAUGAAGAGAUGCAGCCGUCGACAGAGGAGGCAACACACCCUCAACAAGCUGGGCGACUUGCAAACGGCAUAGGUGGGAAUGAAGACGAGGAUGAAGCUGGUGAGGAGGAAGGAGGUGAUGAAGCAGGGACUCAUACAAACUUGGAUGCUUUCAGCUCUAACUUUGAGAUGAAUGUAGAACAAGCUGAUGCAGAAGUGGAGGAAGAGGAGGAAGAGGUCCAGACAGAGGGUAAUGGAAGAGAAACCCAGGACAGUUUCAGCUCGGCAUUCGAGCAGAUUGUUGAGCAGGUUGAUGUUCAGGAGCAAGAAGAGGAGGAAGAGGACAGGGAGUUGGAGGAGGAGAGGGAGAAAGGUAGGGUGGACAACAAAGAUGGCUUCAGCUCCACAUUUGAGCGCAUCGUGGAGUCUGCCCUGCUGAGGGGAGGAACCUGCUACAGCAGCCUGGACUCUCUGGAUGUGCUGUCACUCACUGACGAGACAGACAGCUGCGUCAGCUUCGAGGCGCCACUGACGCCGCUCAUCCAACAGAGGGCGCUGUUACAGGGCCCUGAACCUUUGGAGCUGGAUCUGGAAACCGUUCAGGAGCAAGAAGGGGCUGAGGCUGGACCAGAUGCCCCAGGUGCUAGUGUGAACGCUGGAGAGACCACUGUCCGUGGAGGUGGAGCUGUGGCAGCAGGAGGAAGCCCACUGAGGACCACCAUAACAGGGAGCAGAUCAGAGUUUGUGCUGAGCCAGCCUGGACGCUGGGCUAUCCCUAAUGGAUACCAUGCAGACGCCCAGGGAGCCAUGGAGGGUUGUGGAGCCAUGAUCAACUCUCUCAGUGAUGCCAGCCUCACAGACGUCCUGUCUGACUCGGAGGAGUGUGAUUUGGGCAGUCUGGAUCAUUUGGAGCGCGGCAGCACCGACACUCUGGCCAAUGGCUGCCGAGCCGACUAUGAAGCCGCCAAGAGGCUUGCCAAGCGCCUCUAUCACCUCGAGGGCUUCAAACGCUGUGACGUGGCCAGACACCUGGGCAAGAAUAAUGAAUUCAGCCAAUUGGUGGCUUCAGAGUACCUGAGUUUCUUUGAUCUCUCUGGCAUGUCGCUGGAUCGAGCCCUGAGAAACUUCUUAAAGGCCUUUCCACUGAUGGGAGAGACCCAGGAGAGAGAGAGGGUCCUGGUCCACUUCUCCAAACGCUUCUGCCUCUGCAACCCACAUACAUCCUCCUCAGAAGAUGGAGCCCACACAUUAACCUGUGCUCUCAUGCUGCUUAACACUGACCUACAUGGACAUAACAUUGGGAAGAAGAUGUCCUGCCAACAGUUUAUCAGUAACCUAGACGGCCUCAACAACGGCAAAGACUUUCCCAAAGACUUAUUAAAGGUUUUAUAUAACUCAAUCAAGAAUGAGAAGCUUGAGUGGGCAGUCGAGGAGGAAGAGCUGAGGAAGAGCCUGUCAGAGCUGGUGGAGGAGCAAUGCGAGGGCGGGUGUAAACGUGUUACCAGGGUAACGGACGGCAAUAACCCUUUCAUUGCAAUCCCUAUUCUCUUGAAUGCCGUCACCUACAAACACGGAGUGCUGACCCGCAAGAGCCACGCUGACAUGGAUGGCAAACGCACCCCGAGGGGUCGCCGCGGUUGGAAGAAGUUCUAUGCGGUUCUAAGAGGGAUGAUCUUGUAUCUCCAGAAGGAUGAGUACAAACCAGACGCUGACAUUUCAGAGGUGGACCUGAAGAACGCAGUGCGAAUCCAUCACUCUUUAGCCACUCGUGCCACUGACUACAGCAAGAGAGCCAACGUUCUGAAGCUGAAGACGUCAGACUGGAGAGUUUAUCUGCUGCAGGCCCCGAGUGAGGAGGAGAUGAUGUCCUGGAUCUUCCGGAUAAACCUAGUGGCGGCGCUGUUCUCAGCCCCAGCCUUCCCCGCUGCAAUUGGCUCCAUGAAGAAAUUCUGUCGACCAAUCCUGCCAUCUUCAUCCACCAGACUCAAGCAGGAGGAGCAGCUGCUGAGUCACGAGAACAAGCUGAAGCAGAUGAGCCUGGAGCUGGAGGAGCACCGGAAAAACACACCCUCAGUUGACCCCAAAAGCCGGGAGUGGGAGGAGCACAGGCUCAAAGAGCACUACCUAACGUAUGAGAAGACUCGGUAUGAGACAUACAUCGGCCUCCUGCAGGCCAAGCUUCGUGCUGAGACGGACGACCUUGAGAAGAUCGAGGCGAGCGUGAUGGGUGGCCUGAUCAUGGAGGGUGGCCUGGCCGGCCGCGAGUGCCACCUCCGCAAGACGCAGUCCUCCCCGUCCAUCAGCCAGGCUCACAGUGGAACGAACGGAAGAGCCGCUGAAUGCACUACCCCAGGACAGAGGAGCUGAGGGGAAGGAGGAGCAGGAGACGCCACGGCCCACAAACGCAACGUCCCUCUAAGCCAAACAACAGUAGUUUAAUAACUCCUCACUGGGUUCUUUGUUAGUGUUCAUCCCGUUUACUUACAGUAAGAGAGAGUGGGCAGGAACAGGAGAAACCUCUGUCACUGCCCCUCCCAGAAUUGAUCAACCCCGGUGAUAGGUUUCUGUCUUUGAGCAAUAGAUGAAGAGGAUGAAGAGCCCACCCCCGAUCCCCAACGAGUGACCCUGUCAAACCUCAGUUCUUUGAACUUUUAUUAUUGCACAUUAAAUCGAUCAUAACUGUGAUCUCAAAACCUUCAUCAGUAUUAUUUUAACUCUGAGCGAUGCAGCUGUCUCUCGUUGACAUUUUUUUUUUUUUCCGUUAUUAGCAGAAGUUUGAGUAUUUUAUUACGUAUUAGUUAAAGGCCAGAAAGAGAACAAAGAAAGAGACAGACUGCUUUCUGUCCUGUCCUUUAUCAGACAGAGACUGUCAUGGACAAGGUGGACAUGGUACUACUGUAGCAUUUUGGCCUUUUUCCCACCCAUGUAAACACACCCCAGCCGCUCACAGGCGUAUGUAUGGACCUACAAGUGUGUGAAGACACAACAUAUCUGUUCCUGGAGUUACGAAAAACUCUCAAGAGAACUUCUCAGAAGGAUCGAGUCUCUGCCAUGUAUAGCAUAUUUAUUUAUUUAUUUAAUUAUCCUUUAUUCAGCCCAGGGAGAGUUCACACAGAGUGGACAUUCCAUUGCCACAGUCAUACAGUUACAUACAGUAAAUCCCUAUACAUUACGGAGCUGCCACGUGGAUCCAUGGUUUUAACUGAGCUGCUCCACCAGAGAAACUGGAGGUUGAGUGCCUUACCCAAGGGCACCUCGGCACUAGCUGUCACACACUCGUCAGAAAGAACACAAGUCUGCUUACGUGAAUUUUGAGCUGCCGCUGCCCCCAGAUACUGACACGUAUCCAAUGAUUCUCCUCUGAAAAACUUAAAAAUGAUGUGAAUGAAUGAAAGCCCUGUGUCAUGUAUCCCACAAACGUCUCUUCUUGUCUCAGCUGAUACAUAACAAUAUAAUGCUGUGUGUGAGGUCUCUAAAGAUUGACGUGAAGUGCAGAACAGGAACCUGUGGGUGAGAGGUAUACAGUGUGAGUGGGUCAUCUUCUGUGUGUGUGGGCAUCCGCUUGCUUUUUACAGUAGAUGAGAUGUUGUAGCUGUAGGCAACAGGAAGAAGUAAAUAUAGCAGGGUCAUGUCGGAAUGAAGAAUUUAUUGAGCAUGUUCGGUCAGAAAGUGUCCACUGGUCUUAUUCUGCUGAAUGAGACUGCCGUCAAAACCCGGCCUGGAUCUUUCAAAAGCAUCUUCAGCAUCUGAGCCUCCCCAUGCACACAGCUGUACAGGCGUGCAUUUGUUCGCAUGUACAUUCACUGCACUCGACUCAGAGUAGAACAUCAUGUCAGAAGUUCCAGACCUCCGUAACAGUCAUGACAUUCUCCCUAUUAUAAGAUUGUGUACCAUCAUUCAAUGCUGUUAUUGUAAAGUAUUAAAACUACCUAGUGUUGCUUUAAACAGAAAAUCGAAAUGCCGACUUCUUUAUUUACAACACGUGACAUGGACCUAUUAUCGCUUGUUUGGCCUUGUAUUACACAUUUCCUUGUACUGGUGUUUUCCUCCUGCUGCCAUCAUUCCCACCAGAUGAAGAUGUUUUUGAGAAAACAGGCCCUGGUCUGUCUUAGACAGAGACUGGCUGAUUGGAGAGUGUAGCAGCAGGACUGCUUGGGCUUAGCGUACUAAAGUCAAGAAACCUGUCGGCAUUCUGGAAAGCAGAGAGGAAGAGUAGCAAAACAGCUCCACAUGGGUGACGAAGAGGAGGAGGAGAGACUUGUUUUUUAAGAAGAAGAGACUGGAUAGGCUUUCUUAGUAAGACCGCAUCUGGCAGCCAAGAAUAGGCAAAACAGACAUCCAGCACAUGUUUCCAAGAAGAGGAACACAUGGAAGGAGGACUUGUUAAAUGUUCUGAGGAGGUGGGGAUGGCUACUGCUGUUUGUGAGCACCUUAAUUGAUCCUUACCCCCUCCACCACACACACACACACACACACACACACAUGAAUACAACUUUCCUCUUUCUACAUAAUUUGUUUAUGACACAACUGUAGACCAUUGAGCUUAGUCCCCCCCCCUCGCUCAGCCUCAGCGUGGCACAGAAGCAAUUACCAGAGCUGUGGAUCCACAGUGCGAAUAAUCACAGUAUCUGGACGCCGUGCUUCUGCUGCUUCGAAUAUCAUAUUAUUAGUGACCAAUGGGGUCUGAGAUCCCUUUGAGACUUGACUGGAAACCUUGGAAUCACAGCUGGAAUCCUUGAACUGGAUCCUUGUACAGACCAAAAUGCUGAAGCAGAGCUGAGUUUUGAGAGAGGAAGUACUGUUUUUAUAAAGCUGUAUUGAUAGAAUAAAACUGCUUUCUUACAGGGAGACUUCCCCUAAUAGUCACUUUGCCUGUUGUGCUAACCAUUGUUUCCCAAUGUUCUAGGAUAGGCCUGUGCCGUAAUAUAGGAUUGUGACAAAAACAUUUAUUGAUUGUUAUGUUUAUUUAAAAAAUGACAACUUCGGCACUUUGAUGUCAGCAAUGGAUCUUUCUGUUGGUUUUGUUUGUAUAUCUGAACUGUUUUUGACAGGAUGCUCAUACUAUGUAAAGAACAUAUUUACUGAAUAUUUAGUCUGUGCUUCAUAAAGUAAGCUUUUAUACAGAU